GGAAAUAAUAGUGGCACGAGGAGAGUUCGACCUACCCAAACCAAUCCAUGCAUGCAAGCAAGCGCCCUCCAACGUCCAACAUGGGCGACUCCCCACCAGUACUCCUGUACUCCUAUAUUACACAGUACCAAUUAUCCACCAGCCAAAAGAGCCGAAAGCCAUCUUACAUGAAACUACGAGACCAAGACAUAUAACAGACCAGACAGACCUUUUCAUCAUACAUACAUUUUAUUUAAUCGCACCGUGGCACAACAAACACGAGAGUCCCUCCCGAGUGAGUGUACUAGUCUAGUUUCUUCCCAUGCAACGCCACGCGGAGUAACCGGCAACCCAACCCAGCCCAACUUCGGACCCAGCAAAUCAAGCGGCUGGAGUGCGGGAAGGAACUUAAAAAUAUGAAUGGCAAAUGCAGUUCCACAACCCCGGUUGUGUGUGCAGGAGCAGGGAAGGUCGCUGUUAGGUGGUGGCCAAUUUUGAAUCGGAGACCCAGUCGAUGGUAUACACGUGGCAUAUGUGGUUGUGCUACGCACAGGUUGCUUUUUGGUGGAAAAGAGGGAAAGAAUCUGGAAGAAAGUAAAGGAGAGUGUAUUUCUCUGCUGAUAAUAGUUGGGUUGUGCCCGCGGGCUUUUUUAGUAUCUAUUAUGCGUUGCGCCUUGGUUUCCAUAUCUGACUUCUUUGCACUUACCCUGUGCACUUGGUCGGUACCUGAGUGGGUACAUACAUGUUCAAGUGAGCGAACGAUUGGAGUGAGUGGGUUUCGUUCGCCUCUUCUACCCCUCGAUAGUGCUAGACUAUUAAAAACGGCGGUAAGGCACAUUGUUCUGCCUGAUUGUCUGUCUGUCUGCCUCUUCGCACUACUUUUCGUGUAAUUCUUUCGUCAAUCAGUGCACAGUGCUGUGGGCAGGGAAAAAGGCUUAUCUGUCGCUGAGUCACA